CAAUCUGUUGAUGGACGGAAACACCACAUUUCACUAUCUUCAUCCCUCACCUAAACAGUUUCUAAUCGAAUGCGGCAGCAGCAACCGUUUUGUAAAUAUCACGCCAACAACGUGCCGCACCUGAACGUCCGUUACCAUGGCAACGAAAACGGGGGAACUGUUGUUUUAAACAAAUCUUUGAUAGGAUCGUAGCAAGCGUCGUCUUGAAAUCAUCCUUUCGAAUUUUCGCCAGACGCGUGUUGGGGUGCACUUUUGGAUUUCAUUCCUGCAGCAGAGGGACGUCGAAAUUGAAAAUCACAGCUCGAAAAUCCAUAUACCUUCGUGCCAUGAUCAAAGAACUGUACCAAACGGUGGAACCGCAGUCCCGACGGCCGAGCAUGUCCUUGUCAUCCUCGUCAUCGCUAAUAUCGUCGGUAGCCGGCCGAGACACUCCGCGCGCACGCCAACACAAGGCGGUGGUCAUAUCGGCUGAAAAAUGGAACCAGCUGUUGGCGACAGCCAGCGGGACGUCACCGGUUCGACCGCAAACGGCCGUGGUAGAUGAGGAAGGCAAAACAUUGGCCCAGCGAGAAGCUGAGUACAAGCAGUAUCUGAAGAAGGAGUCGCAAGCUAUGACUAAAAAGUGGGAUAACACGGUGCAGAACAUUCGCGAGAAGAAGGAAGCCGAGCAGUUGCAGAAACAGCGCGAGAGAAAAGAGGAAGAUGAGAAACACUAUCGCGAGCUAAAAGCGGCAGACGAGAUCAAGCGAAAAGAACUGAUACAGAAGGCAGAAGAGAUGAUCCAGAAAGAAAAGGAAGGUCCUCGCGUGCUGGAGAGUGCGGCUAAAUUUUGUGAAGUUUUGAAAGCACGUGAGUUCCAACGACAGUUUCGUGUUGAACAGGAAACACAACAUGAAGCCCGCCGCCAACAGUUAGACUGUCAGGAUAUUGCUCAAGCUAACCGAUGGAUGAAAUCGCAGGCAGAACGCCACAUUGAUGACCGCAAACGAUUCGAUUAUUACAAGAAGGAACUGAAGGAGAAAAUUGAAUACGACCGUGCGGAGAUGAAACAAAUACGAGACGUGAUGCUACAGCAAGAGCAGAAGCAACAUCAAGCGCUGCAGGAAGAGAUUCGGCGGGAUAUGGAGCACGAGAAGAAAAUGCUGGAGUGGAAGAAAGAGACGAGAAGACGACAUGCACUGGAGGCUAUGAAAAUGGCACAAGAGCGCGAACAGCGUUUAAAACGGGAGGCAAAUAUCGAGGAAACUGUGAAUCAAAUCUACAACGAUGGUCAAAGGGCUAUUGCAGAGAAACGAAAGGAGAUUCAUGUCAAUAAGCAUAAGUUUCGCGACAAUUCGCAUCUGCUUCAGAAUUCUAUUGAACGAGAGAAACGAAUGUUAGCAGAGGAAAAAUGCAACCGGGAGAAAGCAAUAAAUGAGAAAAAUUCUAAGGCUGAUGAAAUAGAGCGCGAGGCGGUGGAAAAAAGGAAGCAGGUUAAAGCAGCACGUAUCAAGGCGCACUUGGAAGAAAUGCAGUGGCAAAAGAAGAAAGAGCAGGAGAAAGCAAUUCUGGAACGGAAAGAAAUGGCCGAACGUUUGAAGAAUGUUGACGUGACGUUCGGCUUCGAUCGGCGUAAGGUCACAGAUAAAACAUUCAAGACCCAUGCCCAGCGCAAAUUGCUACUUGAUCAAGCCGAUGAAAUCGAGGCGCGCGAAAAGAAGGAAGCUGACACAUAUGCGGAACUUGAGUACAUGCGAAAUAGUGCCGAGAAGGAGAACAACCAUUUCUUGAAAUAUGCAGAUGAGCUAAUAUCGGAUGCUAAAGCGAAGAACAGACCAGUUCUACCAUUGCUGAAAACGGUAGAGAAUUAUAAACAUGAGCACUAUUUCGACUUCAAGGAAAAGAACUUUGUACCUAGGCAUUUGGUUUCGCGUGUUCCAAUAAAUAACAAAGCUGCAGAGCAACAACAGAUGCAAUGCAUGUCUGAUCCGGCCAUAAUCGAAAUGACACCGGCAAUGCCCCCAAUCCACAUUCGCUAUGAUCCCGAACAGCUUAAAACCAUGAAUCCGUACAAAAAUGGUCGUCAAACGUAGUUUGUCACUAGGGGUGCGAUAGG